CGCGCUGUACUGUUCCAUAUUUCGCGCCAUGGCGGGAAAGAUGCGAGUGUCGGUACGGUGGACAGCGGCGCCUAGACCCUAGAGUCGUGCAUGAACGUAACUUUUAAGUUCUUUUAUAGUAAUCGCCCUUCAAGAGGAAAAGAGUUCUUCUAAACUAAGAUUUGAGCAUCCACGAGGAGCUGAUAAAAAAUGAUACUAGGCCUAAGCUGGGAAAAGAUGCCAGUUUCAUUCUAUUCAAAGGAAUACAUGUGAAUGAAACAUUGAAAUCUUAGAUCCUAGUAUUACGUGGUCACCGUACAAGGGGCACUAUGCAUGCCUUUCUGAAAGGUGGAACAUCAUCGAAGCCCGCCGCCAAAGACAAGGCAGGGAGCAGUGGCGAGACGAGCAAAGCAAGGGAGCGACUCGUCCCGUGGGUGGAGAAAUAUCGCCCUAGGUGUGUGGACGAUGUCGCUUUCCAAGAAGAGGUGGUUGCCAUGCUCAAAAAGUCACUGGAAGGAUCAGAUCUUCCCAACAUGCUGUUCUACGGUCCACCGGGUACCGGCAAGACCUCCACCAUCCUAGCAGCCGGCAGAGAGCUGUUUGGGGACAUGUUUCGGUCGCGGGUUCUUGAGCUGAAUGCUUCUGACGAGAGGGGAAUAGACGUCAUCCGAAAUAAAGUCAAGACGUUUGCUCAGCAAACAGCUGGAGGAACAAGACCAGAUGGCCGUCCUUGCCCACCCUUCAAGAUUGUCAUUCUCGAUGAAGCAGACUCGAUGACGAAUGCCGCACAGUCGGCUCUGCGUCGUACAAUGGAGAAGCAGUCCAAGAACACACGGUUCUGCCUGAUUUGCAACUACGUCAGCAGGAUUAUUGAACCGCUGACUUCACGUUGCUCCAAGUUCCGCUUCAAGCCCCUCUCAGAAGACGUGCAGAGAAAAAGGCUGCUGGACAUAUGCCAAAAGGAAGGAAUCAAAUGUGGCGAAGAGGCCAUGAACACAAUCAUCAGCACUUCUGAAGGGGACUUGAGGAAAGCAAUUACAUUCUUACAGAGUGCAUACCGACUCAGAGCAGACGAGGACAUCACGGUGCAAGACAUCUAUGAGAUAGGAGGGGUGGUUCCUAAUCAAGUCAUGACCAACCUAAUGAUAACCUGUUCAUCAGGGUCCUACGAAAAGCUUGAAAAGACAGUCCUAGAUCUCCAGAAGGAAGGCUAUGCUGCGACACAGGUAGUCACACAGCUUUUUGACCUGGUGGUGGAAAGGGGCGACUUGACAGACACGCAGAAAUCAGCAAUAAUGGAGCGCAUGGCCAUAAUCGAUAAGAGGCUGUGCGAUGGUGCAGACGAGUAUUUGCAGGUCAUGGACAUCUUCACUCACAUGAUGGGCCAGAUCUGCAACAUCUGAGUUCGCUGGAAUUUUGUUGACUUUCUGUACUUUUUUCACAUUUGAUAAUCCCUUCUCAGCUAUUGGCUAUUAGAUUUUGUUUCAGUAUUUGUUCAUGUAUAAUGUAUUCUAUGCAUAGAUUUUUUCAAACACCCCCCCUAACUAAAAAGAUUGGGGAGUAUACAUCAUGGCAAAGCUCAUGAUUUGUACCAUUUCUUCCAACCUUUCAAGUGUGGACUCUGGAGAUUAUGCUUGCCCUUGGAGCUAUAUUUAGCUGGAGUUUUUGGAGUUAUUAGAUGAAAUCUGCUUGGCACAUCUGAGUUAGUGCACAAACCUAUGGAAAACUCCAAAUUUGUAUGGUUUUUGUUUGGCUAUUUGCAUAUCUCUGUCUGUAUUCUAAAAAGAUAUGUCAACAAAAUUGACAUGCUUAUUUUUAAAUGCACAUUCAGCAUAAAAUGAGCCGUGAAGUCAAGACUUCUCUAUGCUGAGAAUGACGAGUUAGUGCCGUAGUAAUUCAGUAUAGCUUUAUGUGCUGGGCCUGGUGAAGCCGUUGCUUUCAGAGGGAUUUGUUAAUUGUGGGCUUUUGUACGAGCCUCCGGGAGGCAAACCGAGAUGGAGACAAGAUGCCAGAAUUCCAAAGGCAGAUGCAUAAAUGUACAUUUAUUGGCCAGUCAUAGACAUUGGCAGGUACAUCAGGCACUGAAGUUGCCUGUCUUUGUUGGGUUUCAUAGGCAUCUGACUCACCCUUUGAUUGGUUUAAAAAGGAAGAUGGUGAGAUAGAUGAUAUUGAACUCCUAUAGUGAUGUCCAUCCUUUCUUGUUGAAUUCAUGGCCUCCUUUUCAGUCAUUUUAUGUCAUUUUGUCGGGAAACCCCCUUGAAGCUGUACCAAGUUUCAAAAGCUUUUAUUACCAUAAUUCAAGAGAGUUAAUAAAAAAAGAAAAAGCAUA